ACUUGACGGAAGUCCGUGCAGGCAGCCGGCGGUAGCUGAAGGAAUCUGGCUGUGGUGUCGGUAGUGUCGUGAGUUACUGUGGCUCCAGCAGCAGAGAGUACCAGUAUCCAGCCUUAAUCUCAGCAGGCACGGAGACGUUUUUUUAGCGGCAGUGAAAGCAGGAAGCGAGCAUGAUGGCAGCCCUGGGCAGCGCCGGUCGUUUGAUCCAAUUUGCCAGGAGCAGCGUGAGUCUGAGUUUGAGACGACGCUCCACUGCUGCAGCCGCCGCCUUCGCCCAGACUCCAGACACGCAGGAAAACAGGAAGCCUAAGACGGGGAUCCUGAUGCUGAACAUGGGAGGACCCGAGAAACUAGAAGACGUUCACGACUUCUUGCUACGCCUCUUCAUGGACACGGACCUGAUGAAACUCCCAGUACAGAAUAAACUCGGCCCAUUCAUCGCCAAGCGGCGCACACCGAAGAUCCAGGAGCAGUACAGCAAGAUCGGGGGAGGCUCUCCUAUCAAACACUGGACGUCCAUGCAGGGGGAGGGCAUGGUGAAGCUGCUGGACGAGAUGAGCCCUGAGACGGCUCCUCACAAGUUCUACAUCGGCUUCCGGUACGUUCACCCGCUGACGGAGGAAGCCAUUGAGGAGAUGGAGAAAGACGGAGUGGAGAGAGCUGUGGCCUUCACGCAGUAUCCUCAGUACAGCUGCUCCACCACAGGCAGCAGUCUGAACGCCAUCUACCGUUACUACAGCAACAGAGCUGACAGGCCGAAAAUGCGCUGGAGUGUCAUCGACCGUUGGCCCACACACCCUCUGUUGGUGGAGUGUUUUGCAGAACAUAUCAGAAAUGAACUGCUGAAGUUUCCAGAAGAUAAGAGAGAUGAUGUUGUCAUUCUGUUCUCGGCGCACUCGCUCCCCAUGGCUGUUGUAAACAGAGGUGACCCGUAUCCUCAGGAAGUGGGAGCCACAGUUCAGAGGGUCAUGGAGAGACUGGGUCAUUGUAACCCCUACAGACUGGUGUGGCAGUCCAGGGUGGGGCCCAUGCCGUGGCUCGGUCCCCAGACAGACGAGGUGAUCAAAGGUCUGUGUGAGCGAGGGAAGAAGAACCUGCUGCUGGUGCCCAUCGCCUUCACUUCGGACCACAUAGAGACCUUACACGAGCUGGACAUCGAGUACAGACAAGUGCUGGGAGAGGAGUGUGGGGUGGAGAACAUCAGGAGGGCUGAGUCACUGAAUGGGAACCCUCUCUUUAUGAAGGCCCUGGCAGACCUGGUCCAGUCCCACCUGAAGUCCAACGAGCCGUGUUCCCGUCAACUGACCCUGCGCUGCCCGCUGUGCACCAACCCCACCUGCGGAGAGGCGAAAGCCUUCUUCGCCAACCAGAAGCUCUCAUAGAAACUCAAGACACACAUUCUGAUGCAGCAGGGCUACCUGUGGAGGAGCUCGAGGCCUUCUUCUAAAAAGCUUCAUUCAAACGCACAAGCGCACACCGCCUCUCCAACAAGAGUGUCAGUUAACCAGGAAAUGCCACCAAGAAAGGACCAAAUGGUUUCUGCAAAUGUAUUCUCACGCACACAGUUACUUUUGGUUUUGGUCUUUAGAUGGGACUAAUAUCUGCCUUUCAAAACCUCUUUGUGCUACUUAUUAUCAUCAUUUUAUUUCACCAGACAGGUUAAACCUUCAGCAGAUACCAUUUGGUCAAAGCUUGUGUAGAUUAGAGAACUGGGACAUCACAUGACAGGAAAGAAUUGCACUAAAAACUGCAUUUCCCCUUACUCACAUUCCAUUUGCUUUGCCCCUGCAAACUUCCAUCAGAGACCCCGUUUUCUUGCUUCCUUGCUGGUGCUAAAUGACUAACAGUCGGCCGUGAUGACACAGCACGCACCCAAAGGGUUCUGGGCUGUCUGGCCAUUUCCUUCGCCCUUCAUCUCACCUGCUGCUUCACGUCAUUGUCUCCCCCAGAUGGUAGCCCCGCCCAUCCUGCUGUAACUCCUGCAAUUUGAUUGGAGGUUAGAUCCUGCCUGAUAGGAGGGUACUAGUGGGCUUAAGAGAGAAAAAGAGGUUUAUAUUUAAAUUAAACAAAACUAAAUGAAUUAUUGUGAUGAUCCUUCAUCUACUCUAAUUUCAUAAAUGAACCCCGGUGAAGCUGGGAAACUAGAGUCACCCACUGACCCUGUGAGUGUCAUAAGCAAGCUAGAAAAAUAUGUUGCUUCUAUUUUCCUGCUGAGGGAAAAAUGGAAACCAAAACAAGUCAAAAAGCGAUGAGUGAUAAUCAAACUGAGCUGUUCGCAUCGGUAAAAGUCCAGCCUGUGAGUUAGGGGUUGUGUGCAGUUAUUUAUUCUGAGAGCGAUUGGCCCAGUGACUUGACCAGGAGAUGAAAUGGUAGCUGCAUAUAUUUAUUUUUUUUCAAAUAAAAUAAAAUGAAUGUAAUAAAGAGACCAGUCAGAAAUGUGACGUAAAAUUGUAGCUUAACGAGGAAGAAGUUACCAUAAAAUUGUGAAACUAUAUCAGUGAGGACGCUCAUGCACCCUCCGUGAGGAAAAACAAAGGGGGGAACAGAUGUUACUGGUUUUUAUAGUAGCAGUACUGGUUUCACAAAUUGAGAAACAGCCACCAGCUUAAAAAUAUCUGGAAAAGUGGAAAAAAUGGCAUUAUCUGCAUCUGCACACCUGAAACUGAAGCUAAACCUAAUCUCUUUAAAGAUGAGGGUUAGGGUUAGUAAGAAGGAAAAACAAGCGAUUUAAAAAGAAAAACUAAGUGAACAACAUGAGAGAUCCUCACAUCUGUUAAAGGUUUUAAAGGCUCGUACAGCUUGAAGCUAUAAGGGAGAACAGAUUUAGUUUCAAUGGGUGUAACAAUCCUGAAAUGAAGACUAAAAUCAUCAUAUUAAUGCUGCUUACUCCCAUUUUUCUAUUGGCCAUCACCAACUUGGAGUUUUUAGUUGCUGCUAUGGUUUCUCUUGCGAGCCAGUAGAUCAGUACUAGUUGAAUACUUUAAAUCUUCUUUAUCAGUAUAGGUUGCUGAGUCUGGGUCAAUCCCAUCACUCUCUAACCUGAGCCAACGUCAGAAAAUGUCUUUAUUCUUAAACGUAUCCCAUCCUUUGGGGCGUGAUGAGAACUGGCUUCAGUUUGGAAGCCCUGUAACAAAGCUGUAACGUGCAGAGAAGUAGCUCAAAAAUUACAUUUGUCAGGUGUUUAACUGCAGUUUACCUCUGACUGCUGUCUGCAUAUAGAAAUAAUUCAUCUUGAUAUUAGUGUAUCCAAUUUAACCAGUGAUUAGUCUGAAUUAAAUAAUUCUAUAAUUGAUUUCAGUCUAGGUUGAUAAAACUCCAGACGUCGUCUCAGUGACUGCUGGUUUGAUUCCACCUGACUUCCUGUUGUCUUGGAAAUGUCCGGCAUUUGGGAAGUGAUGUACGACCUCUGACCCUGUUCCUCCUUCACUGGUUUUGUUCUGUUAUGCAGUGAUAAUGUGCCUUUUUUACACUGGCUGACUAGAAAUACUGGACUUGUGCUGUAUGUAAGUUAUAUGCGUGCUUAACCAAAAUGCUGACAGGAGAACUCCACCCUGAAAUCUGAAUUUGCGUGUUUCUGCUGUGGUCGGUGCCAUUUAUUUAAAAAAAAAAAAAAACUAAAUAAAUAAAAUCUAAUCAUAAAAUCCAGAAAGUAGUUAAAUUGCUGGAGCUUUACUGCACAUGUUUCAGUAAUGACCAGUCUCUUUAAGGGCCUCCCCUCCCUAAAACUCCACUUUCUUCUGUUUGGCCACUUUCUAGAAGCUUGCUUUUUUUGUGUGUGCUAUUUGGAACUAUGACCAUGUCUAAAUUUUGCAAAACUGUAUCCUUGUGUCAAAAAAUAGGGAAGAGCUACAGAUAUGUAACAUUUAAAAAGUAGCAAGUACAGGAUAUUUACAUGGUUUAGAAAUGAUAUGAAAAACCGAAGGCUUGAACCUGUUUGUAGAAGCUAAUGGAGCUCAAAUCAGCCUUUUCCUGGUGCAGGUCAUUCUAAUAUUUUUGCCAAUGCUUGCAAAAACUUUCUAAGAUAUUUUUGCUCCUACAUUUUUCUGCUUCCACUGUACAACACAGACAGAAAUGCACUUUACAACGUGUACUCAUCCGAUACCAGACGUGUUAGUGCGCUUCCACAUUCUUUUUUGUGUGUGUGUGUGAGAGUGAGUAAUACUUCACGCAUUUCAGUCUCAGUGAGUCCUUUUUAAUGUCAGCACCCAUAAGCUGUCUAAAGUGGUUUGUCAUUAUUAUUGUGACACAUGAUGCGGGCUUUCAAAACUGCUUUGCAAAGGUUUAAAGGAGCGUCUCACUAUUUAUGUGCAACUAAAAGACAAAGUUGACCUCGAUUAAAACCCUGGUAACAAUGGGAGAGGGUCACAGCAGAAAGACAUUCUCAGGGUGGCUGUA